AUGUCUGGAAGAAGCGAAGAAACUUACGCUGCUGCGGAGAGUCCCGCCACUAAUGUGCCGCGGGGGCAGCCGCGGGCGAGGUCGGGGCCAAGCGGCGGUUCAGCUCAACCCGCAGCACUGCGCAUAAGGCAGGAGGGAGCGCAGCAGAGGCCAAGGUGGACCCUCAUCAGUACGGUGGAGGACGUCCUGCUGUUUGGGGGAGAAGGGCCAAUCGGUGAAAUCAAACUGAACGAUUUCCUCCGCAGGGAAUUGGGCGGCAGGGGAGUCGUGGAGGCCAACGAGAAUGUCUCUCUUGAGAGUUGUGUUGCGCAACCCGAGACAUUUAUCGCAAAUGAGAAUGAUCUGUGCCUGAUACUGGCGUCGCCGUCCUACACGGCUAUAAAGGAAGCAAUUGAAGAUGCACGCAGGCUUGUGGAGCACGAGGUGGAAACUCUUCAGCGCUGGAGGGAAUUUGCGCAGAAGAAUAUUGUUUCUCCUGUUGGACGGGCAAAGCUCGACGCAGCGCUUGACGCGGCGGUGGAGGAGGAAGCGAGGCAGAGGCGGGAAAGGUUGGAGAAACUGCCUUGGGAAGAGAGGGUGUACCGGUCGGUGCACGAGGCGAAGUGGGGCUACGUGGAGUCGGGCCACGCUACGGAGCCGCUGGGGAUGAAGGUGGUGGGGGCCAACUCCAGCGAGCCGGAGAAAAUGUGGAGUGCGGGUGAGGUGAACGUCAUACCUCGUCCCGAAGAGGGCGACGAGAUUGAGGAGGCCCGUGGAGCGCGGCUGGAGCUUCUGGUGCUCACGUCCGAGAGCGGGUGGCCGUACGGAGAUUUUGCACGGGAUUUCAAGGACGUAUUUGUGCGCAAGGAGGUGCUGCGUGUGUGGAACGUCCUCAAAGAAGAUAUCGACGGCUGGCCCACCCGCGACGAGGAAAUGUUCGGGAAGCGGGCGUACGUUGUGGUUGGAACGCCCAGCGUUGGCAAGUCGCUGGCGGUGGGGUCCUUCGUGCUGCGCCAGCUCCUGCACUACGACGCCGCGAAGGUAGCGGUGGUGGCCUACUUUGUCGACGGGUGUGUGUACUUUUUUCACAAAACGGGGCACAAUGCAGGGACCGUGGUGGAAUAUACAAGCACUGAGCAGGGUGUGUGGGCUAUGGAUAGUUUGGCUGGAAGGCACGUUCCGGGUUACUUCAUUUUUGAUAUGGCUAAGAACCACCAACUUGGGGGGCACAUGUCUCCUGGGCGCUGGGGUGGAGUUGUGUUGAGUUUGCCUGAUAUCAAAUACUAUGAUUGGUUGUGUGACAAGCACGGUGCAGGUACCAUUUUUGUCAACAGCUACACUGCACGAGAGCUGAAGGCGCUUUUUGCGUGGCGGGAGCGCAAGUCGCUGCGCGACCUGCACGGAGGCGAGGAAAGACGAAAAACGGCGCUGGAGGAGAGUUGGAGGGCGGUGCAGCAACGCAUUGAUGAGGUUGGGCCGCUCCCUCGCUAUGUUUUCGACGCGAAGGCUUCCAGAGAGCGCUGGGCUGUAGUCGUGGCUGCGCUGUCCAGUAAUUCCGACGUGGACAUGAAUUACUACGCAGGGCUUUUGUUUGGCAGGGCCAACUGGCACGAAGACGGGACUACGGACAAACUGACCAAGCAGGUGCGUGUGCUGUGGGAGGGCACGUACGUGCGGGAAAGAUUCGAAUUUUUGCCCGUUUCACUUGAGGUCGAAAGAGAAUUGCGGCGAAUGGUGAUAACGGAGAACCUUCAGAUGUCUCGCUUGCUGUCCGCCCUGGGAACGUGCAGCAUAAAUGCCGCUGCCGAUCUCGAACGCUGGGGCUGUUUGGUGUUUCUGGUCGGCGGCGUCGUCGAGGCGGUUGCCCGCAAGAUGACGUACCUUCCCCGCACUGCGGAGGGAGAGCCGCGGCCCAGCGUGUUGGCGGAUGGACACGCAGCGGGCCGCUUUCCAAGCAGGCCCCGUUUGUUCGAGUACACGACGGGAGGGGCUCGCGAAGCGGAAAUACAGCAGGUUGAACUUGAACCCGGGGUUCUGUUUCUCCCCGACACACGCCGUUUCCCCGUGCUGGAUGCGUUCUACGUGGCCGGGGUGCAGCCAAGGGCGCCUCCAGCGGGCCGCAGGCGGGCCCGCGACACUCCCACCGGUGAACAGAGCAGUGCGGGGAAGACGAUGACGUUGGUCGGGCUGCAGGUGAGAAAGCAAGAUGCCCACCACACCACCGCCAGUGAGAUGGCUUCAUUUAUGGAAUACAUGAGGAGCAACUUCAAUAACUGGGAGGUGCUGAAGGAAGCGAUGGCGUGGGAGAUCAUUUACAUCCGGCACGCUGCGAGCACGCUGAUGACGACAAGGCAGCAAUGCACUUUCACGGGACAACGUUCGCUGGAUCCUCAAGCUCCCGAGAACUUCUGGGAGAGAAAGGUGGAGCAGUACCAGGUGCAACUUGACGCGGAGAUUGCCGACAAGCUUGCUGGUUGCCGCCGAUAA